AAAAGUAUGACGAAAAUUUUUAAAAUAUAUAUUCUAUCUUUUAUUUUCAAACAAAUAUUUCAAGCAUUUUCGUGCUGCUUCUAGCUCUGCUGAAAUGUUUCCAUUUACGGAUUGUGGCUCAUGUUUCAAAAUCAAGCUGUAGUAAUAGAAUUUCCAGGAAGUUGGUUUCGAUGUCAAAUAUAUUGUCAACAUAAAUUACGAAAUGUUUGUUUAAUUUUUAUGAAUAUGUUUCCCUUGAUGGUCUGAAAAUGAUAUGACUAUGACUUAUCAAGCCCAUGAUGGGCAUGUUGCCCGAAGUGAAGAUUUACACCGUCAUAUCCUGCGAAGUCAUUUGGCCUACUUGAAUCAGGAAGAAACUCCAUCCAAGCUAGAACAGCGCCGUAAUUUAGAGAGCCUUAUUUCUGAGUUCCUGUGUGUUGUUUCCCAUGGUGCAAAAUUUACAUUCAUUGAAAUAUCUAACAUUCUGAGCCACAAUAUUGAAAACAACCCAAAUUUCAGUGCUUAUAAAGCAGCAUCUGCAUUUGAGGCUCUGGAGAAGUAUGCCACCAAUUUAAUUAGCCAUCCUUGGCGUAAAGAAUAUAAAACUGUUAAGCUUUAUAGUGGUUUCUACAAGCAUUCAGUUGAAAGUCAGUUGAUAGGUGGAGAUUCUGUUCUUCAGUUGCUUGGUUAUCAGUUUACAGAUGAAGGUGUCCUUUUUCUUGAUGAACCUGUAGAUCCUGAUAAAGUAGCAAGAGUAGCUUUAGAUUGCCUUACUGCUUAUGUUGAAUGCCAGAUAAUGGUGCAGAUUUGUGAAAGAGUUAAAGCCUAUAAAUGCAGUUGGCUGGAAAUCCACAAUGUUCGUGAGGAUUAUAUUUGUGGUGUGGAUGAAGCAAUUCGCAUUUUACAUCAACUGAAAAGAAAUGCUAUUGAACAGGAUAAGCAAGAAAGAUGGCUCAGAAAUCAAGAAAAUGGAUGUAAGAUUGAAGAAAAUUUUAAACCCAAUCUAUCCUCAAGUUACCAGAAAACAGGAAUACUUGUUGAUGUUUCAAACACCUGGUCUAGUGAUAACUCCUACCCCCCAUAUGAAGAAGAAUCCUUGCUUUUGCAACCUACUACAGUUAGCAAUUCUUAUUUAAGUAAAUCAGCCAAAGGAUGUGUUCCCAUCCAUUCAAAAUUAUCGUCUUGGAGUGAAGAAAUUAGCUCCCCGUUAUCUGAUUAUCAAAAUCAAGGUUUAGUUUCGAGAUCAGAUGAGACCGAUUCCUAUGCAAGUCGAAGCUUAGAUGAUCAUAUACAAAUGAAUUAUAAUUUUUUCAACAAAAGCCACAAUCAUGUCCCACGGUAUUUGAAUUCAGAUUUAACUCCUGAAAAUGUGAAAGAUUCGUGGGAUUUAUUGCAACCUUCUUAUGGUAGAAGGCACAAUGCAUAUGUGAAUUCUGAUCAUGAUAGUCAUAUAACAGGUUAUAGCAGUACUGUGCCAAAUAUGAAAGAAAGUUACACUUCUCAUUUUGGACAUCCAUAUCCUCCUCCUCCUCAAAUGAUGCCAUUGGGUUUACCAUCUUUUUCCUAUCAUUUGCCUCAUGACAUUUCAAUUCCACUUUGUCAGUGUCAAAUGUGUUGCGAACGUCAAUUUUCCCUUAUGCCCAACAAAUACCAGCUCCCAAAGGAUGUCAGCAACAACUUUGACUCAAACACUAGGACGAGCAGAAUUGAAGCAAAUCAUGAUGUGGACCCCAGUGACAUUUGUUCCUCAUUUCUAAAAAUAUCCGUGGAUGAUGCCCGCUCUUCUAUCAAAUCCAAACCCUUCCCCAUAAGUUCAACAACAUAUUCCUCAUAUGAAAACCCUUCUGAUUGUUUGAAUGAUGUUGCGAGGUCGAGUACUAGUAAACCCAUCUAUCACACACCCCAAAGAGGAAGCUAUUAUGAUAAUGUGCCCUCCCCAUGUGACACGGAAGCCAGUUGUUCAAUCGAUAUGAGUGGGCAGAGCUUAAAUCCAAAAUGUGAUUUUCAAUCCAAUGGAAUCAUAACCUGUAGUGCAUCAACACUUUCCAUCAAGCCCAGAAGCCAGAAGGAAACCCCCACAGUUGAUUCAAUUAGUUGUACUCUGCCUACAAAACAACAUAAGAAAAAUCAUGCAAGUAGUUCAUUAACUUUAGUAAGAGAAUCAUCAUCCAGAACUGAUUUAGAUUUGAAAAACACUAAAUCCCUCCCACCUUCUUCAGUUCAGAGAGAUUCUAAAGGUUUUAAAAAAUGGUCUUGUACCUCCUGCACAUUUUACAAUGCUGCAGAAAAGAGCAUAUGUGACAUGUGUGGGCGAAGCAAGCUUCCGGGACCUGAGAUUACGCCCCUGGUCAGUGGUGGCCGUGAAUGUCCUCAAUGUACUUUAGUGAAUAAAAAAGAUACAGAAGAUUGUACAGCUUGUGGUGCCAGUUUGAAGGACUCUCCGACAUACAUAUGAGCUUAUUCUGAAAU